CUGCAUUUAAACUGGUAUCUCCAACAGGACGUCGGCUUUCAAACACAGUUACCAUCCUUGGGUGCAGGGCUUUUGCAUUCCAGAGAAGAUCCCAAUCAAAGGUCAAGCACAAAGGUGGUCCAACAUCUUGGUCCAGCUAUGGAUUUUUCUAAGAAGUUGGCAUUGGACUGUUCAGGCCAACAGACAGCUGUGGACUUAUUUCUAUUAAGUUCACAAUAUGCUGAUCUAGCUUCUCUUGCUUGCAUGUCCAAAUACUCUGCUGGGUGCAUCUAUUAUUAUCCAGUUUAUCAACAUAUCCAUAAUCCUGCUCAGGCUGAAAAGUUGCAGAAAGACCUUAAAAGACACCUUACAAGGAAGAUUGGUUUUGAGGCAGUUAUGCGCAUAGGAUGCACAAAAGGUCUUUCUAUACAUACUUUUCAUGGGAACUUUUUUGUACGAUCUACUGAUUUAUUAUCCCUUGCCAAUGUCAGUCCUGAUGCUGGAUUUGCAGCUGAUGGUGGCGUGGCUGUUUCCGGGGGACAGGGGUGUGCAACAAGCUGGGGGGGAGGGGGAGGGGAAGUAGAAAAACUAUAAAUACUGAUACAGUUUCCUCUCCCGACAUUCC